AAAUUCGACAGCCUAAACUUUAAAAAAUUUUGAAUUAAAAAAAGGAUAAAAAGAUAUUGCAAAGUGUAUUAUGGGUGCUUUCCAUGCAACACAAAUCGACACAAGCAUUAUUCUAUCUUUCUUUUUCACUUGAUCUUGUGUCGACUUGUGUCGCUAAAUGGAAAGCGCCCAAUAUUUACAAGACAGAGAUUGGAAUAUUUACGAACAGAUUUACUAAAACUGAAAUAUUUGUCGAAGACGACAUAAAAGUGAUAAAAGUGAUAAAAGUGAUAAAAGUGAAAAUGAGUACAAACGAGGAUGUGGAACAGUAUAAAGUAGAAUACGAAUCUGACGAACAUUGGGAGCUAAGGCGCAAAUUUCUAUUAGCUCAUAAAGACAAAUUCUCAGAGGAUGUACUUGUGUGUUUAGCUCAAGUAUUCGUUAAUAUUGAAUUGUUAGGAUGCAGAUAUCCGCAAGAAACAAUGGAUUUGGUAAAAGAACUAUCAGAAGAUGUUGCAGCUGAAUAUAGAGAAAAACAAAAGAAAAAGUUAAAAAGAACAUUUGUGCAAGCGUCAGAAGCAGCUAGUUCUAAGGUCAAAGGAUGUAUUGCUCGAACAUCUAAUGUCACAGAAGAGCACGCAUCAAACACAUCUAUUCCACAAACGUCAAAGGCUACUGAUCACAUCGAACCAUUUUCUAAAGAACCUGAUGCUAAAAAAUUACUUUCUGAUGCCAUGAAAACAUCUAUGUCCAAUACAACUAGUCACAAGUAUCAAUCUUACGAUCAAUCUGAUACUGAGAAAAUACCUUCUAAAAGAUUAAAAACAGAGGAAAAUGUAACAGUUAAAAAUAAUCCUUAUGGAGAUAUUAUUUUGUGGGAAAGACCAGGUGACAAUCCACAAGUUAUAUUGCACAAUUCAGCUAAUAUAGCUGGUGCUAAUAUAGAAUGGAAAUAUAUUCAGAAGCAAGAAAUUUGGAAAUGCACCAUUUAUAUGAAUUCAAAAUUGGCAUCUUACGCCGAUUCCAAUAAAAAAACUGCCAAAAUUGAAGCAGCCAUCAUCGCAUUAAACGAAUUAAGAAGGCAUUGCUAUACUGUUAAAGUUAAACAAAAGUUUGAUGCAAAAUCAAAUGUGACCGUAACGAAGGACAUGAAACCGCAAAAAAGUACCUCUGGUGAUGAUUGGAAAUCUGAUAGCAUUGGAAACAAAUUGAUGAAAAUGAUGGGCUGGACUGGCGGUGGACUUGGAAAAUCGGAGCAGGGUAUUUUAGAACCUAUGUCUGCGAUGGUCCAGUCACAAAUCAGCCGGAAAGGUCUGGGAUUGAAAGGUAAUUCUUACACAACGCGUGAAAUAAAGGCUAAAUGUCAAAAGCUAUUUAAAGAUUUUCUCAAGACUGAUAUGCAAAAUGACAUUGUAUUUUUGGACUUUACCAAUGAAGAAAGAGCGAUGAUCCAUCAAAUUGCGCGAACAAUGGGUCUUAAAUCACGCAGCUAUGGCUCCGAUAAUGAACGUAAAUUAAUAGUUUCUCGCAAAAUCGAUAUACGAAGUUUGGUGAAAGAAUUGACGACCAUCGGUGGAGUCACGGAAAAGUACGAACUGGUGAAACCAACCGAUGAAAAAUUUGUUUGAUUACCGAGCAGAUUAGACGGAAUUAGAUGGAAAUUGAACCAAAUAUAUCUACCUAUGAAUAGUUAUGUGUUCAAGCGAUACUUUCUGUGACAUUUAAUGCAGCAAUAUGGAUAUUUAAAUAAAUAGAUAAUUUUUUUCAGAA